AUGAAUAAAAUACUUUUAUUUGAUUUAGUUGUGGUUUAUACGUGGUCAUUCGCAGCUGCUACACCAUCAUUUCGUUGUAAAUUACAUGAAAAUGACAAUAUUUAUUCUAUGAAUACAUCAAACAAUUUUCAAUGGAGUCAACCAGAUGAAAUCUAUUGUAAAACAAAUAUGAAAAUAUCAGUAAAGGAAUGUCAACGAUGUUAUAUCAAAACAAAACUCGAUACGAAAAUUAAACCAUGCGAAAAUUUUAUUUUUGAUCAAACAUAUUAUGAUUACACACUUGUUGAAGAAUGGUCAAUGGUAUGUGAUCGAACCGUAUUUCGAUCAGCUGUACAAAAUGUUUUUUUUCUCGGUUAUAUGAUUGGAUCAGUUUUCUUUGGAAUCAUAGCAGAUAGAUAUGGUCGUCGUCCUAUUAUAAGUGCUUGUCUAUUGUUAACGGCAUGUUCAGGAUUUAUUUGCGCAUUUUUCCCACAGAAAACUAUAUUUGGAUUUUGGCCAAGUUACUUAGGAUAUACAUUAGGUCGUUUUAUAUUGGCUUGUGCAACUAGAGGACUUGGCAUUGCUGGAUUUGUAUUAGGCACUGAAUUAGUUGGUCCAAAAAAUAAAUUUUUAGCAGGAAUUAUUCUUCAUUAUUGUUUUCCACUUGGUCAAUUAGUUUUAAGUCUUUUUGCUUAUUAUAUUCGUGAAUGGAGACGUUUAACAUUGGCUUUAUCUCUAUUUACAAUACCAUUUAUAUUUUUACAUUUUGUAAUACCGGAAUCAGCAAGAUGGAUGAUUAGUAAAGGACAAUAUGAAGAAGCAGAAAAACAACUUAGAAAAAUUGCAAAAACAAAUAAGAAACCAUUUAAUGAAGAAGCAUUUCAAAGAAUGAUCGCUGAUCAAGAAAAAAGUAGAACUACUACAACACAACACAUUGGUAUAUUAUCUUUAUUUAAAUCAAAAAUAAUGUUUAUCAUAACUAUGAAUUUGUUUUUUCAAUGGUUUGUACAAAAUUUAUCAUAUUAUGGAGUUUCACAAAGUACUGGAUCGUGGGGUUUCGAUCCAUAUUUAUCAUUUGCAAUCUCGGCUUGUGUAGAAAUUCUUGCUUAUAUAGGUAUACAUUUAACAUUAAAUCGUAUUGGACGAAAAAUUCCAUAUUUUACUGCUGUAUUUUGCUUUUUUAUUAUUGCAAUAUUCACAAUAUUGGUACAAAAUUUUCAAAAUCCACGAAUUUUAACAUUUAUAUUAAAUAUAUUAUCGAAAUUUUUUGUAUCUGCGAGUUAUGGAACUAUUUAUAUUUAUGCAAAUGAAUUAUUUCCUACUCGAGUACGAAGUACAGGAAUGGGAAUGUGUUCAAUGGCUGCACGGGUUGGAGCAAUAGUAGCAACAACAAGUAAUGAUAUGUUGACUCGUCUAUGGAUCAAUCUUCCUACUGUAUUGUUUGGUGGUUUAUCACUUCUAGCAGCUCUCGUCAUUCUUAUAUUGCCAGAAACAUUAAAUAAAACUUUACCACAAACAAUUGAAGAUACAGAACAAAUGGGUUUAGUUUGCAUCCGUGUGCGUGAUGGUCGACACAAGCGAAAAGCAGAACGACAGACUGACAUUACAAAUGAUCAUUAUUCAACUGAAGAUAACCUAUUAAGUGAACAAUUAAAAUCAAUUGAUGAACAUCAGAUCUGA